AUGAGGGUCCUCGUUUUGAUUUUGGUCGCCCUCCUUGCUCUCGUCCAAGUCUCCAACGCUUUCCGUUACGACAGAAUAGUUUACGAGGCUCUACUACAGUGAGUUUUCAAUUUUCGUUUUUAUAUCCCUGAAAAAAAAACUCAAACAUUUCAAUAGGGCUUUUGGACGAUUUAUUUGCGUCCUCCAGCUCUUUGAUAUUUUUCAUCUGCUAAAACUGCUUCGAGGCCGUAGGGUAUUCAGUGAAUGAGAUUAUUGCGAGCCAAACGUUUCCACGAAAUUGGUAUCGUAAGAAAGAAGCGUAGGCGAAAGAGAUAGGAACUGAAAGUGCUCUAAUUCAUUUUUGAUUUCGACGCUUUGGGUUUCAAAAACAAAAUUCUGGUCAAAUAUGUUGAGGUCACUGGUCCAGUAGAUAAAAAGCAGCGUCAUUCUUUGAAAAGUUGAUCACGUACUCAGAAAAGACAAACAAUUUUGGAUGAGCAAGUUUGAAUGUAGCAUAGCCAUUUUUUCCGAGUAACCUAACCGAUAACGAAGCCAGAAGGAAACCGAUGAAAAAAGUUUGGGAAGACGAGCUUAAACAGUCAAAAGUUUGUUUUUGCGGUUUUCUUUGUAGUUUCAACAAAAAACAUGUUUUCAAAACGAGCACUUUCGUUAUUUGCAGAGCUAGGGUUUUUUUCUGGAAAUUCCCAGCAUUACAGUAAUUUUUGUUGCAGAGACCUGGAGAGGGAAUACGUCGAACGAGAGCUGGCAGACCGUGUAUUAGCCAAGCGGGAGCUUGUCCGCCAGCAGCUCGGGGAACGAGUUCGGAGAGCCUCCGAAAAGAAGUCCUACCCAAGGAACUGCUACUUCUCGCCAAUCCAGUGUCUCUUCACACGCUCUUAAGGCCAUUAUCGACCGGUGAAGGACGUCGCCCACUCUUCACCACAACUCCAAAUCCACAGCAACCCCCAUACCUAUCGCCAAGCACGCUUUACUAUCCAAUCGUCGCUUAAGCUUUUGCAAUCCUUCAUUUAUUGUUAAUUUUGUCGCUCCCACUGUCGCCAAACUUUGAUCUCAGCGACUGUCGCACGAUCGCCGCGGGUCGCCUGCUUUGUCUGCAUACUAGUAGAGUCGUUUAGAAAUUUCUAUAUCUAUUGAGAUCGUCCAAUUUUUCUUGCGGGUGUGUGAUAAAUGUUAAGAAACUUGAGAUGCAUUGAAAACGGACGCGUUUGGAAAUGAUUUUUCGAAUCAGUUUGUUGACCGAGUUUUUCUUAAAUCUUAAAAAGCAAAUAAUUUAUUACUUUCAGAUUUUCCAAGCUUUGUCGGUCAGCAAUAUGUGAAAAAAAAGGUGGAGCAAGUCCUUUAACAUAUCCAUCAUGCACCCCGUUUUUUGUACGUUUCAAACGUAUCACCUGGUUGAAAGUGAUCUUUUUCUGCCGCUUUGCGCACAAUCCCACAAUAUAUGGCAUUUCAUUCCAGAAAAGAAUUCCGCUGUUUGCAUAUUAUAUCAUCGAGAGUAAAUGUUUGAACUGUUGAGUUGUGAUGUCCGAAGUCGAUAAAAAGAAGGUCUCACUGAUUCCGCCCUUAUUUCAGUUUCAAAACUGAUUCAAAAGUUUACGUUGUGUGAUAUUCACAUAUUCAUCGCCUCGCAUGAUGUCUUUGAACUGUUAUUUCCACCCGGUACAAUUUGAUAUUACGUUUCAAAUCGGCCAUAAUAAAAUAUUAUUGCUCUAACGAUGACACGUGAAAAACACAUUUUUGGAAAAAGAUAAAUAGAAGUUAAUAGCACUAGUUUCAACGAAUCCAUUCAAAGAGUGUUCAAUAUAUUGAUAAGAAAGUUUAAAGAGACAAAGGACUUUGCCCUCGUAUCAGACUAGAAAUCAACACACUGAAAAAUACUUCCUCGUUUCCUAAUUGAAUUUUUGCUGUGUGGAAUCUCUCGGAAACACUUUUUUUGCACUUCGUUAGACUGAUUUUUGAUUCAAGAAAACUUGAAAAUAUUCAGGAGCACUUUUUAGUUUGUUCAUCAACCUUUCAAAAGUUUGCAACUGAUGCCUGACAAAAUUUUUAGAAUAAUAAUCAAAGUACUUGAAAGACCUUUCAAGCAAUUGAAAAAUAGACAGUCUUAACUUUUUUUAAACGACUUUUCAAAGUCUCCGAUUUUCAAUAAUUAUUGCUCCCUUUCUUUGUCUUUUCUCGACUCAAUCAACAUGAAAUAGUCUUUGUUGUUAAUGUCUUAUCAAUCAGGGCUGUCAAUUGUUGUAAUAGGGUCAAGAACCAUGCAGAAAAAAAACCAUAGGUUUUAGAACGUUGUACUAUUUCUUGUCACAUCGAGAGUCUUCAAAGAAGUGUAGCCUUUGUCAGCAUCUCGAAGUUUCAACGGCGCUGACCUUUGCUUGAUGAGAAGCAAGCUCGAACCGGGACCAGCAAAGAAUGUCGUCCUCUGUUGCCGUAUUAGUUUUUUUCGCAACGCUUUUGUGACCGCAUUACAGUUACCAAAUAACAAAAAAGGAAUAUGAAAAAAGGGACAGGGUAAACUUGAACUUUUUUGGAUACAUCUUAUUUGCCGCAGCAUUCAUAGUCAAGUUUUCCCGACUUGAAAGGCGAGAUGGCUAGAUCGGCGAAGGCGUUGCGUACGCGACGCGGCUUUUUGGCGAGAAAAUCGAGUUUAAACGCAGUCUUGCUGAAAUGGCAAAAAGACUUUGUUUUUUUAUUAUUUCUUUACUUUUAUUUAUUCAACUGUAUCUUCUGGAAAUCAUGAAAAAAUUUAAAAUAUUGGAAAACUGUCAAAAAAAAGAGGAAAAGAUCAGAAAGAAAAAAAAUCAUUUAAACAGACACUCCUCGCCAAAAAAGCCGGGACGCACACGCAACGCUUCAUGCUUGUCAAUCUACUACCUCACUUUUCAAAUGGGGGAGGAUCGACUAUAUGAAUUUUUGAAAUAUAUAAAAUUUGGGAGUCUGGUCGCUCAUUCGAGAAAAUGAAAUCUUCAAGCAUUCGUAGAGUAAGAUGAUCUCUACGUGUUUUCGUUGACCGGAUUACCCUCUGAUCGACAUCACAUGUUUAUUCUGUUGCUCGAAAUCGAUGGAGUCAGGCUUGAAAAAAAAAUGAGAAACAACACAGGAGAAUGCCGGUCGUUUCUGACUGAGAGUUGCGUUGUUGUGGGUUCGAUCGAUUUAUUUUUUCUCGCACAACAUUUCUGUCCUCCAGUGACUCGAUCAAUUCGUCCCAAGCGAUUUCCAACAAAAUGUCUUUUGGCGGAGCGGUGAAGGAAGCUUCGCAGCAGAUAGCCGCUGGCGGCUCAGCUGGUCAGUUUAAUUUGAUCUUUGAUUCAGCCACAAUUCUUGCUUUUCUCGAAGAAUCAAGAAUAGAAAUGGCUGACUAUUUGAUUGCAGACAAUAUUUUUCCGCUAUUCUUGGGUUCGCCAUUCCGUCAUUCUAUUUUUUUAAGAAAUAUAUAAUUAUUUUUCAACCAAUAUCCACAACCUACAAUCAGAAAACCGCUUUUUUGAAUUUGUCUUGUUUUCUGGAGCACACAAAGCACAUAUCAUUUCAGAAUGCAAUAUAUAAUUAUUUUUAAGGCCUGGUGGAAGUAUGUUUGAUGCAUCCGCUGGAUUUAAUAAAAAAACACGUCUGCAAGUGGGGUCGCACGACAAGGGAAUGGCUGAUUGCAUCGCCAAAACUUACCGGAGCGAAGGAAUGGGCGGCUUUUACAAAGUUUGCAAUUUCGUAAAUGAAAACUAUUUAUAAAAAUUUUACAGGGAAUUUUGCCACCAAUAUUAGCGGAGACUCCUAAACGAGCAACGAAGUUUUUCACAUUCGAGCAAUACAAGAAUGUUUUUACACAUUCAGACGUUCCGAUGGCAUUAGUGAGACCCCAAUGUGAAACUUCUAGCAAAUUUUGAAGUUUGUAGACUUUAUCAUUUGCUGGACUCUGCUCAGGAUUGACCGAAGCAAUAGUGAUUUGUCCCUUUGAAGUGGUCAAAGUAAGACUGCAAUCUGAAAGAAAUGUUUCUAUCGCCGAGGUUACAAAAAAAUGGAAUUUUUUGAUGUUUUUAAUUUUUACAGCAAAGGUCAACAGCUGCUAUGGCGAGAGAUAUAAUUCAAAAAGAUGGUUUCGGUACUUCUGGUCUCUAUCGAGGUAUUAUAGUCAUUUUUAACAGCUCAGAACAAAAAAAGUUGAAGAAAUUUCGUGCAAUUUUUCGAAACUGAACCAGCAGUAGAGAAUCAUAACUUUUUAUUGCUUCUUCAAUGAGGAAAGUUUUAGAAGCACAAUAGAUUUUAUAUUCAAUUUUUUUGAGUUUCUCAGGCCUCGGUGCAACUUUGGGAAGACAUGGUGCCUGGAACAUGGUCUACUUUGGCCUCUACCAUAACAUGAAAGGAUUGAUUCCAAAUGCAAAGGUUUUUUUCUCCGCUUCAUGAAAAAAAAAUCAUGGUAUGAAAAAAAAAUUUUUUCAGGAAAACCCUACUCAAAAUCUGAUCGGAAGAAUUGCACUGGGAUUCACAGCUGGAUCAUUGGCUUCCGUCUUCAACAUUCCUUUCGAUGUAGCGAAAAGCAGAAUUCAAGGUUUUUGCCGAUAAAAAAACCGAAGUCUCACGUUUCCUGCUUGCAGGACCUCAGCCGGAUCCUUUAACAAGGAAGUACAACGGCACUUUUCAAACCAUCAAUUUGAUAAAACAGGAAGAAGGGUGAGUGCUGUCAGACGAAACUUUUCUAUGUUACAAAUAUUAUUUAUAAAAUGUGUUUGGGAAUCGAACUGAGAUUUCUCUAAAUAUGAAAAUCGCCCCUGAUGUGCUCUUCUACAGCCAUGGAUUGAGAUGCUUCACUUCAAGUCAUUGGACAGUUUUUCAAAUCCCUGUUCGGGCAAUUUUACAGCUUCAAUGGGUUUUUAUUGAAGUUUUUUCAUACCAAAUUGAUCAGUGGGGCUCACUUAAAAAAACGAAAGCUCUCCCAAGUCUUGAAAUUUUACCUAACCGAUUUUUUCGAUAUAUCAAUCAAUCCUUCGUUUUGUUGAUUUAUUUAUGAAUCUGGUUCAUUAUACGCUGAGCAUGAACUUAAAAAACCGAGCGUGCUGGAAGUUGGAAUGUGUAGUUGAUCAAGUUUAUCUUGAUUCACACUUUUCCAGAGUUCGUGCUCUGUACAAAGGUCUGCUGCCGAAGGUGAUGCGUCUGGGACCUGGAGGAGCGAUUAUGUUGAUCGUCUACGAGCAGGUCUACGAAUGGCUUCGUCUCAACACGUAACCUGACGUAUUCGAGAAGUCUUCUAAAUACUUUCACUGCCUAAGUAAUUCAGAGUUUCAUUUAUUUGUUUGAGACUGUCAAAUUGGCGUCGCAGUUUUUCUCGUUUUUCUUACCCAAUCAUCUUUCUAUGAGAUUUUUUCAGAAUUGUUGCAUCAGCAGAUAUUUCGACGAUCCAUUUUGAAUUAUUUUCAUUUAAUAUAGAAAAAAUGAAAUUUUCAAAGAUGGUUGUACAUGACUUUUUUUUCCUUAUUGAAAGUGUGAACUUCUUCUGUUUCAUUCAACAUGAACUUCCAGAUUUUUGGUGUACAGCUGCUCAAAAAAAUUCUUCUCGGACUUUGAGAAGAUAAUCAGUCGAUUGUUUUAACUCAUGUGUCUAAAUUUUCAUUUUAUGACGUGCAUAUGAUUUUUUUGAAUGAAUUAUGCCGAAGUUUGCUUCUCAAAAAAACAUUGAGGUUUUAAUGGAUAAUUUAUUUGUGGGUUUAUACUCUUUUUCACCGAAUAUUUUUGUUUCAAAAAAUCGAAAAACUAAAAUGAUUAAAUUUAAAGUGUGAAGUAAAGCGUCCCAAAGUUGCAUGGCAACCAAAGAAGAAAGUCUGCGGAUGAAGAACCAUCUUGUUCAAAAAUUUUUCAAGAUUAAUUUUUAAAUGUUUUUGCUUGAAAAGUGAACUGUAAAAAUCUAUUGGGCUUCAGCUUCGGAAAAUAAGUUUUCUUUUUUUCUUUCGGGCUCAACUACACGUGACUUUCAGUUACGCUUAGAAAAAACAAAAUGAAAUUUUGAACACUUCACAAGUAAGUGUGCUAUAGGGAUAUAAACAAAAAAAAAUCGUCAAGCGUGUGAAAGUUUGAAUGUGCAUUGACACGCAAUAAAACGAACCCGUGGAUAUCUCAAUUUUUACGCCAUUCUUAUUCGAAAACUGGCUGUAAUGUAUUUUUUCUUCUGUUUCGAAAUUUUCUGAAUGAAUCAACUUUUUUGCAUCGAACGUUCUUUUUGUCCAGCAGACAACAUAUAGCGAGAAAAUUACGUGUGGAUUGAAAGUUAAGUGUACGUCUUGUUUUUUGUUCCAAACUUGGGACUUUAGAACAUUUUUUCAUGAAGUUUUUUUUGCAAAUGUUAAUGUUAUAAAUCCAAAAAAAGAGUCUUCUUAAUCCAAUUUGGAAAUUUAUUCAAAAAAACAUUCUAUCCGUUUUAUUAUUUUUUUCAAUGAACUCAAAAAAACUAGAGAAUAUAUUUGAAUCGAGAUUUAAAAUUAACAUAAAUUUCAUGAUUUCUGAAAAAAAUUUUUUUCAAUAGCUCAUUUCAGGAUAAUUAAUUUUUAACCUGAAGUAUUCAUUGAAAAAAAUCCAGCGCUGAUCGGCUUCAGUUCGAAAAAAAUCACUGCAAUCGUCUGAAAAAUCUGUUAACAUUUGAAAAAAAUCAGGUGAUACUUCAGAAUAUGAAACUCUUGAGUAUCAAAAGAACUAGCUAUAAAGUCUUUGACGAAAAAAAUUCCCUAAUUUUAGUAAAUAAUUAAAUGCUCACAAUUUUUUUGAAAUGAACAACAGUUUUUUCAAAUUUAAAACAGAAACAGAAUUCCAGCAUUUCAAAAUUUGAAGCCAAUCGAUGGAAAAAGCGUCGCAAAAACAAAGUUUUUGAAAAAAAGUCGAAUUUUUAGCUUACUUUUUUUCUAACUUCAGGGCAACUUAGGUUUUGAGGCCUUUUUUUCAAAGUUAAUUUUUCAACUUUAUUUUUUUGAAAAAUGAUCGGAAAAAAAGUUGUCGCGUUGAAUAUUCAAAAAUGAAACUGUCGGUAUCGGAGUUGUAGGCGUUGUUUGGCGGGUGUUCAACUGGUUGGGACGCAGCGCGAGGCGCGCCAAAACGCAAGACAGCCGUGGGAAAGAGGGUCGAGAGAGACGCGACGCUCUGCUAUUUCGGCACCCAUCGAUCCGUGAUUGGUCCUUCGCCUGGCCGGACUCCUGCCAAUCUACGCCCUUUCGACUUUGCUUCCCGCCAAUCACAAUGUAAGUAUUUUUUUUUGUUGACACGCCCAUUUUUAGUGCAUCUUCUUUUUUUCACCUAAUUUUCUUCAAAUUAAGUAUGAACUUAUGCGAAAGCUACUUUUUUCAAAAUAAAGUGGACUGCUAAAAUUUCUAUGGUUUUAUGAGUUGGUUUUUUUGUUGAUUAUUUUUCUUGUUUUUCUCAAUAUUUUUCUGACAUUUGAACAAGUUUACCAGUUUUAUCGAAGUGUUUGAAAGCGCAAAAAACAUAAAUGACCGCGAAAAAGACUCAAAAUGUUUCUAGGCUAUAAAAAAUGCUUUUUUGAUAAUCUUUGUUUUUUCCAUAGAGGAAACUCGAUAUUGAUUUAACAAAAAGAAUUUUUUCUCAGCCACACUGAAAAUUGUUGAAAAUAAUUGAUGUUUAUUCCAGGCAGCGGGCAAAUGACAAGCGAAUCGUUCGAAAAGCUGAGCCAGCUCUCAGACCGCCAGUUUUUCGUUUUAUGCCAUUGGACAAUGUAAAUUUUUUUGCUUAUAGAUUAUGAGUUUUAUUUAUUUUUUUAUAUCCAAUAUUAAAAAGAUAUUUUUCCUCCUAAAACUCAUCAAUUUUUUUACUUCAAAAAGAGCUUCAAAAAAAUGUCUUACAAAAAUUCAAAAACAAUUGCAGGUCCCUGCAACAAAAAAAUUCACCGAUCAAAGUCCAGUGUCUAUUCCAUCGGUGAGUCGGAAAAGUUUCAUUGAUGAGGUUGAUCUUAUUAAUUUAAUAAAAAUUUUUUUCCAGGACGAGGAUUCACCUCCUAACACCAAAAAAAUCAAGGUUUGCCGGAAAAAUAUUAUUUUUCAUUACGUGUUACUAUUUUCAGUUAUUUGGUGCCUGCGCUCCAAAAACUCGAUAUUUCGAAAGAAAAAGGCAAGACUGCUGUCGGCGGCAGAGGUUUUUUUCCUAUUCUCAAAUUUCUAUGUUCAUAAAAAAAUUGGAAAAAUAUUAAUUAGCAACCCAAAGUAAACAAUUUUUUUAGAGUUUUUCAUGAUCAUAUAAGUUUUUUUCCAUGAUAAAACGCUUAAUAAUACAUUUUUUUAACAAAUUUUGAUAGCUUAACUUCUUAGAAUAAUUUUUGAAAUGUCCCGAUCUUUGGUAAUACUGAAAUGAUAAUUUUUUUCAGAAUACUCUCGCUGCAGCAAAAAAACGAACUAUGCAAACGGCGAGGCCGAAAACAAAACGACCAGCUCGAGAGCUUUAUCGGUAAUUAUUUCUAUCAAUGUUUUCACUACCCGUUGGUUGAGACACGCGCAACAAGAAGAAAAAUAACGGAUUCUAGUGCAGCAGGAACAUCGAGAAAUAUCGAAAAACCGAUUGUGCGAUUAUCAAACGGUGUAAGUUGCUUACGAAACAUUGAUGUCUUUUAUUAUUCUCUCCGAGAAUUCAUAUUUUUAAAAUUUGUCUUACAAACAUCAAUUAUUUUCAGACAAACCCCACAAAAGCAGUUCCCAGAGAUGUAAGAACUUCUGAAAGGAAAGAAACAAAAAAUACACAACAGCUCAAAAAUACGCAAAAUAUUUCUACACCUCCUAAUGAAAAAUCUUCAACUUUUCCUGAGAUUCGUCUUUCUGAAACGCCUUCUCCGGUCUUGGGAGCUGCAGAAAGACUCUACCACCGACUUCUACCCAACGAAACCCCUUCGCCAACUCCCGUUUCUGCACCUGCAACUUCUCAAGCCAACGCAGUUUCGUCUUCUGGUGGAUCAAAACAUCCUGAACAAGAAAUACCGCAGAAAACUGGCGUACAGAACUUUCCUAACGGUAUGGUCUUCUUAGCUGCAAAUGGAGUGACGAGCCAGAUUGUGGAGCAUCGCGAUGAAAGUGGAAAAAUCUUCUACGUUCUCAAUUCCAGCUCAAAUCCAACUAAUAAUCAGAAUGGUUCUUUCACGUCUUCUUAUUCUAAUAAUCCUAAUAGUACUGUCUCUAAUGAAACACUCACCACUCCGAGAACUUCGACACUGCCAUCGAAGGAUAACAGCGGACAAAAAGGAGUCGACCAUUCACAGAGCAACGGAAAUAACAACCACCAACUGAUUUACAUCAAUGGAAACGCUUUCUACGCAGUUGGACAAGGACCUGGCGCUGAUCUCAACGCCCAAAAAAAUUCGACAACUGCUGCACCGCCUACAAAAUCCCAAUAUGUCAAUCCAUACGUCAUCAAAGACCAGGCGUAUGAAAGACGUCAAAACGAUGGAAAAUUAAUAACAACACCAGUCGGCAACCCAGUAGUUCUGAAGAGCGGGAAAGCAACAAGAACAUGCUACGCGCCAAGGUAUCGGCCCAAACCAAGAGCCAUAGAGGUAUGUUUCGAAGUUUUUAAUACGAAAUUUUAUGAAUGGGAUUUCAGUUCUUGCCAAAAGACACUCCUUCAAACGCGACUGCUCCUCCAGGGUUCAAGGUUAGUUCAUUUAUUAUAAUUCAAAAAUCCGCAACAAGGGAUUGACAAGUUGAUAUUUUUCAGUAUUUCAAAAUGGUUCACGAAAAGGAUAACCAAAACAGUGAAACACGAAUCAUCAAGGUUCCACAAACGAUGACACUCACUGAGCUCAUGGUAAUUUUCUUUCAUUUGCAAGUUUUUUUGAUUGACAUAAAUUGUAUUUUGGCACCUAUCCGUUUAAAAACAAAUUGUAUUGAAAAGCUGAUCUUAUGAAAUUUUUUAAUUGAUUAUUAAAAAUUUAAAUUGAUCUGAAUGGUGGAUUCACAAGAAUAUAUCGCUUUUAUUCAUAGAAUCAACUGCCUCAAGACAUUUUGGCGCCUGGUUCCGGCAAAAAAGUCUACUUGCUCGAUGAUCCUGGGAACGACAUAGGUAAACAAAAAUAAAGACUGACAAUUUACGUAGAAGUCCAGAGCCUGUUCAACCUCCAAACGGCAGUUUGCUGAAGAAAAUUUCAAACCAGAAAGCUUCGGAUUCUUCUGCGCCAACCAAGGCUGCUCCUACGGUUGCACAGCCGAUAGGUCAACCCAUUCCGAUGACGCAGCCGAUUCGAGUUGAUCAUCGAGUUGACCACCGACAACAACUUUCAAUGACUCGUCGUCAAACCCACCAAAUGGUUCGAGCCGCGCAGAUGAACCAGCCAGUGCGAUACAAUCCGGCAUUACACAUAAAUCCAUCAGGAGGGCCACAAGGCCAGCCGUCUCAACUCCAACGGAAAGUUCCAAUAAGCCAGCCACCUCCAGUCGGCCAAACACCUAAAGUUAAUCAACCUGUACAAGCGCCUCAACUCGAACAAGCAGCCAAAGAGAAAACGAAAUCUCAAGAAUCACGUCCACCUCAAUCCACCCAAAAAUCUGACCUUUCACCAGCAGGCGCAGCAGCUCAAAAACAAGAUGAUAACGGCGAUGAAUCAGAAGUAAGUUCAUUCUCCAUGAGUAAAAUUUUUGGAAUUUGUAGAGGCCUGCAGUUUACGUUAAUCCUCUGCAGUACGAACGAAUUCUAAAACGACGAGCCAUGCGACAAAAAUUAAUGGCAGAAGGAAGAUUGCCAAAGACCAGAAGCGUCAGUGACUUUUUUCUGUUCGAUAGUUCAUAUUUUGAUAUUCAGAAAUAUCUGCACGAAUCGAGGCAUCGACAUGCAAUGGCUCGUGUACGGGGAGAAGGCGGAAAGUUUGACAAAGGUGAAAUUUGAUAAAAUGCAAUCGGCGUCAUAAAAUCAGUUUUAGGACGAGAUGGCAAGAGAAAGCGACCAGAAAACGAGAAGCAAGCAGGCAGCGACGAUGAAGAAGACGAAGAUGAUGAGGAUGAAGAGGAAGGAAGUUUUGAACGAGAGCCUGAAGACAGUACGACGCCCAUGCCGCAAUACGCCACGAUAAAGUAUGUUGGAACAAAGGAAUUGCAAAAGAAAUCUCUCAAUGUCAAAUGACUUAGUUGUUUUUUUAAUUGAAACAUUUUCUUAUUUUUUUUGAGAAUCAGGAAAGCAAUGUAGUCAGAAGUUGAUACUGCAAAAAAAAAAUUAUACGUGUGACACUUAAAUGGCCAAUUUGCGCAGACCUCUACAGCAGAAUGUUUUUCUCUCAAAUGGGGAUUUCUGUGAAUGCCGAGAUUUUCGCUACGGUCUUAUGUAUAUGCAGCAAAAUUCUGGACAAAUUUUAAUGGAAAAAAAUGAGAAUAUUGAUUUCCUAUGAGAACCAAUUUGCAGACCAAGACGUGCGCAACUACCAGGCAUUGUCAGAAGCUCGACAAACGGAACAGGUCUUUCAACUGCCCCAUCAAACGGACCCCCAGGAAAUGGGACCUUGCAAAAGACCUCUCAACCGAGCAUGACAACAAGGAGAAUGAUGAAAGUCAUGGUCAAUCAGAACAGUAUGCAGCCUCUGACAACUGCUGAGAAAGAUCGAUACGCCGACGGUCUGUCUCAGCCGGUUUUACAGCCGGAGAGCCUCACUGCUCGAGAAUAUGAUAACAUCAACGAAUUAUAG